AUGGCGCUGUGGCGACAACGCGGGCCGCUGCCAUGGUGCUUUCAUGCUGCAGCGGAGGCAGAACUAAGACAGAAGCGAGGAACAACUACAGCAACACGAGAAUGGAAAGUACGGCCUGGGCCGAACCCUGCCAGGAUCGGGGCAGGUGGCCAGCUGGCGCCCUCCGCUCCCGCGCCGCUACCUCGGGGCGGUGGACGGCGGGCGCUUCCUGGGGGGGCUCGCCGCCCGCGGGGUGGCGACCUACUUCCCGGACAGCGGCGAGAGGCGCUACCGGCUGGCAGGCGGGCGGAGGAUGGCGGUCUGGUACGACCGCACGGGGCUCCCGCCCAGCUCGCCCGAGGAUCCGACACCUCCAGCGUGGAGGCGUCGGUGGCGCGGCUCCUGGAGUUCCUGCAGCGGCUCCAGAGGGAGGGGGUCCCCGCCCACCGCAUCGUGGUGGGCGGCUUCUCCAUGGGCGGCGGCAUCGCGCUGCAGCUGGCGCUGCGCCACCCCGGCAGCCUGGGCGCCGUGUUCGCGCUGUCCUCCUACCUCUGCGACGACGCCGCCGCCUACCGCCUGGCGGAGGGCUCCCGGGGCGUGCGCCGCCCCCCCGUCUUCAUGGCGCACGGCCGGGCGGACUCCUUCAUCCAGUUCGCCUGGGGCGAGGCCACGGCGCGCAGGCUGGGGGGCCUCGGCGUGCCCGUGCGCUUCGUGCCUCUGCCUGGGGUCGGGCACGAGCUGGCCAGCUCGGAGAUCGACCAGCUGGGCGCGUGGAUCGGCGAGGACCAUGCGCCGCGUGCUCCGUGCAAGCUGCAGUGGCAGCUUAAGGAGUCCUCGAGUCUUUGCCCGAUCCAGCUCAGCGCCGCGGUCGAGGGGCGCUCGGGGGGCCCGGGCACCAUGGAGUCCUCGAGCCUUUGUCCGAUCCAGCUCAGCGCCGCGGUCAAGGGGCGCUCGGGGAACCUGGGCGGAUCCUGCCCCAACGGACGCGCUUUCGUGGCCGGCGUGGUCAUCGGGGGCUUUUCGUUCAGCGCGGAGCCGCGGCCGGGAGUCGACGACGCCGCGGGGGGCCCUCGUCGCGCGGCUGGACGCGGCGAGAAGUUCCAGCCAGAAAGCAGGAUACCAGCACGGGCAGAGGUGGAUUGGCGGGACUUUGCCGGCAAGACCGACUUUGCGGGCCGUCAAGCCGCGGUGGCCGCCGCGGCGAGGUUCACCUUCCUCACGGGCAGCCACGACCGGUCGCUGCUGCUGUGGGACACCCGCGUGGGUGGCGCCGGCGCGGCGGUGGCCAGGUGGCGCCAGCAGGAUUGGGUGACUUGCGUCGAGUUCCACCCCACGGACCAGGACGUGCUCCUCAGCUCCGACAAGGCCGUGCGGCAGUGGGACUUCCGCCGGCCUGGCAGCGGCGCGCUAGGCGUGCUGCACAGGCACCGGAAGCUGGUGAGCCGCUUCCGUGUUGACCCUUUGAGACUUGCAUCCUGCUCUCUCGACGGGUCCGUGAAGGUUUCAUCGCUGGAACCUCCAGAAUUUCGUGUUGCAUCGCCGCGAGGUCGCGCCGCGCCAGAGGCGGGCAGUCCCUGCGGCAAGGAGUCCGACGAGGUCUGCACGCUCCGCACGUCCACCGACUACGUCCUCUGCAUCGGUUUCGACGCCACGCGGCUGCUCGCCGGGGGCGUGGACGGGCGCGUGGAGCUGUUCGACUUUUCUCAGCCAGGCCAUUUCCGCAAGGGCACACCGUCACCGCUGCUCUCCCCUGCGGCGGCCCGGUGCGGCGACCCGGUGGACGUACAGAUGACUGGCUUGCAGGAGUUGGAGAUAUGA